AUGGCAGCAGAAGCAAUCAAGUCGGCGGUCACCCCGGCUAGCUCUCCGGCGCCGUUGAACGUGUUGAUGAUUGGCACGGGAGAGUACACCACAGGUUUCGUGGGAGGAGGCGCUUCCGGGUCCGACAAGAAGGUCGGUGUUGUCGGCUUGACCCUCUUCGACCUCCGUAGGCGCGGAAAGGUAGCUCGCUUGGGCAUGGUUGGUACAAAUGGAACCAAAUUCCCUGCCAUCAGGCAGCAUCUCGAUACCAAUAUCAACAAGGUCUACAAUGGCUUGGACUGCUCAUUCGACUCGUAUCCGGCAAACGACGUCAAAGACCCGGAGUCCUACAAGACUGCCAUUGACGCCCUGAAGCCUGGCGACGCAAUCACCAUAUUCACCCCAGACACCACGCACUACCCGAUAGCUAUGUACGCCAUUGAGCGCAAAAUCCACGUGCUCAUCACAAAACCGGCCGUGAAGACCUUGGAUCACCACCUGGAACUGAUGGCAGCAGCUGAGAAACACGGUGUCUAUGUCUACAUCGAACACCACAAGCGAUACGACCCCGCCUACGCCGAUGCCAAGUUCAAAGCGCUCAAGCUCGGCGACUUCAACUACUUCUACAGCUACAUGUCCCAACCGAAAUCACAACUCGAGACCUUCAAGGCCUGGGCCGGCAUCGACUCAGACAUCUCGUUCUACCUGAACAGCCACCACGUGGACAUCUGCGAUUCGAUGGUUUCGCAACUGGGCUUCAUCCCCAUCAAGGUGUCCGCCUCUGCGGCUAGAGGGACAGCCACCAGUUUGGGAUGCGACCCCGCCACCGAGGACACCAUCACGGUGAUGGUGACGUGGCAGAAACGAGACGAUCCGAGCAAGAUCGCAACGGGCGUGUACACGGCCUCGUGGACAGCGCCACAGAAGGCCGGCGUCCACUCGAACCAGUACUUCCACUACAUGGCUUCCGGCGGCGAGGUGCGCGUCAACCAGGCCAAGCGCGGCUACGAUGUCGCGGACGAUACGGCUGGGCAGCUCAUGUGGUACAACCCCUUCUACAUGAAGUACGCGCCCGACGAGGAGGGCAACUUCAACGGCCAGACGGGCUACGGCUACAUCUCCUUCGAGAAGUUCGUCGACGGGUGCCGCAGCGUGAACUCUGGGGCGCUCAAGCCGGCGGAUCUGGAUGCUAGGGGACUGCCGACGUUGAACAAUACGGUCGCUACGACGGCCAUUCUUGAGGCAGGUCGGCGGGCGAUAGAUGAGAGCCGGGAGGUCAAAAUUGAGAUCAAGGAUGGGUCUUGGAUACUGGUCUAG